GCAGCUCGUCCAACACGUGUGUAAUUAGAGGACAGCUGCUAACGUGUGUGCGAGGGUUGUUCUCUAGACUAGUACUCCGCAUAGCUCGAUCUGGUCGCUAAAAAAUGGGUGGUCAACAGCAAAAGAAGUAUGAAAGGGGGUCUGCUACGAAUUACAUCACCAGGAAUAAAGCUCGCAAGAAGCUGUCCCUGAGCCUGGCUGAUUUCAGGCGCCUUUGUAUCCUGAAAGGCAUCUACCCCCAUGAGCCGAAGCACAAGAAGAAAGUGAACAAGGGCUCUACGGCUCCUCGCACCUUCUACCUGCUCAAAGACAUUCGAUUUCUCCUGCAUGAGCCCAUUGUGGGCAAGUUCAGAGAGUAUAAAAUUUUUGUGCGCAAACUGCGGAAGGCCUAUGGGAAGGGAGAAUGGGCUGGGGUGCAGAGACUGAGGGAGAACAAACCCAGCUACAAGUUGGACCACGUCGUCAAGGAGAGGUACCCAACUUUCAUUGACGCGAUCCGUGACAUGGAUGAUGCCCUCUCCAUGUGCUUCCUCUUUUCCACCUUUGCCCGGACUGGCAAGUGCCAUGUUCAGACCAUCCAGCUGUGCCGUCGCCUCUGCGUUGAGUGGAUGAAUUACGUGAUUGCAUCUCGUUCACUUCGGAAGGUUUUCCUCUCCAUCAAGGGUAUUUAUUAUCAAGCAGAUGUUCUUGGUCAGCUUGUUACUUGGCUCGUUCCCUACCAGUUUGCCCAUAAUCAUCCAACUGAUGUGGAUUAUAGGGUGAUGGCUACAUUCACAGAAUUCUACACCACCCUCUUGGGCUUCAUUAAUUUUCGCCUUUACCACAGUAUUAACCUGGCAUACCCUCCAAAGUUGCACAGCAAAUCUGAGACAGAGCUGAAGACUGAACACGAGGAAGACUAUGCCAUGGAGAGUGAGAGCUAUCUGGAGAAACUCUCUGCUCUGAGUGCCACCUUGUCACGAGUAAUCUCUGCUCCUGAGGAUGAAGAUGCAGAGCUGGACCACUUCCCUGCAGAAGGGGAGGACGCAGAGGCUCUCCAAGUCCGGGAGAAGCAGCAGAAAGGGCUGGAUGCUCAAAAAAGGCUCUUUGAAGGUCUAAAAUUCUUUCUCAGUAGGGAAGUUCCCAGGGAGCCUCUGGCCUUUGUGAUAAGGUGUUUUGGAGGUCAGGUUUCUUGGGACCAGUCUCUGUGUAUGGGCAGCACAUACAAUGCCACUGAUGAGACCAUAACACAUCAGGUUGUGGACAGACCCAAUGUGGACAAGAAGUAUAUAAACAGGUACUAUGUCCAGCCUCAGUGGGUGUUUGACUGUGUCAACGGUAAGAUGCUCUUACCUGUAGAGGACUAUUUUCCGGGGGUCACUUUGCCUCCCCACCUUUCGCCCUUCAUGGAGGAGAAGGAUGGUGAUUAUGUGCCACCAGAGAAACUGAAAUUGAUGGCGUUGCAGCGUGGAGAAAAGCCAGAGGAAGAACCAGAAGAGGAGGAAGAAGAGGAGGGUGACGAGGCGAACGCUGAUGAAGACUAUGAUGAUGACGAAGAAGAGAUGGAUAACAAAGAGGUUAGAGAUGAGAAAAGCUUGAAGAUGAUAGAGAAACAGAGAUCACAGGAAAGGGCAGUGUCAGUUAUGGUAACACCUGGGAAGGUGAAAGCAGAGAACAAGAUGCGCUUGGAAUAUGAGGAGAAAGCAGAGGAGAAGCACUUGGCCAUAAUGAUGAUGAAAAAGAAGGAGAAGUACCUUUAUGAUAAGAUAAUGUUUGGAAAGAGGAGGACAGUGCGGGAGGCGAACAAGCUGGCUGCCAAAAGAAAGGCCCAUGAUGAAACCCUCAAGGCUAAUAAGAAGAAAAAGGGGAAGAAAGAUUAGUUUUAGAUAAUGUCUUUUCUGAGGGAGGGAUGCUGAACAUAAUUCAUCUUAAACUCUCACAAUUGUCAUUUAUAGCGGCUUGUCUUUAAAUUUUCUCUGUGGAGCUCCGGACAUAUAAGGAUUGCAUGUGCAAUAGCUUCUGAAGAAAGAUGCUGAAAGGACAAAAUGAACAAAGUAUUAAGUACACAGAAAUGACAGGUUAUUUUUGUUCUUAAAAUGUAGAAAAUCUCCCAAGUGUCGACGUUCAGAUUUACUGCUGUUCCAUCUAUAUUGUCUUAUUGUUUGUUGCAUUUUGAAAUGGGUAACAUUAAUAGCAAGACCUGCUAACAAGUAUAAAAAUGUUUUAUUUUAUGCAGUUUCUGCUUAUGCUGGGGAUUCUGCUGUAGGGAUAUGUAACUCUGGAUUUUCACAGCACUUAUCUUUGGAAUUGGGUUUUGGAUACUUCUGUUACAUCUAGUGUGGUGCUACAUGUGGUACAGUCAUUAAGUUCCAAGAUUGGCCACCAUGUGAUGCUGCUGUGGUUGUAAGCAAUCAGUGAAUCAGUGUCACUGUAAUGAUAUAACAGCUGGUCACUCACAUGUACUGAGAACUUUUGUGAGGUUUAAAGAAGGGUGUGCAUAGUGCUAGAAAUGUUCACUUUUGAGGGACAUUUGCACCAUUUACAGCUGUCUAGUUGCACAGUUUGGGCUUCCACUUAUCGCUAUACAGUUGCUUGCAUCCACAGCAGCAUCGUACAAUGUCCAGUCUUAGUUCUGUGACUGUACCAUGUAUGGGAAUUUGCAUAAUGUUAGCGUUUUUCACACAAACUGCCUCCAUGUUUCUUGACGCUGUCUGAUUGCAUUGGGUCACUUGCUGGGUACCCGCUCAAGUUGGAGUCAGUCGCUUUGAGUUUAGCAUAGCUGAAUAAUUGAUUGGUCUAGAAGGGACUAGUAUGCCUUCUGUUUUUAUGUGGAGGUUGUGCAAUGGUGUUUUGGGUGUUUGUACUUCGUCAGACGGUUGUGAACGUGCUGAAUGGUGUCCGACAUCCCUAACCUUCCACCACACUGACAUACGGUUUCUGCAGCAACCCUGUAAUCUCAGUGUGAUCGAGGCCAGGCAGCUCUCAUGCACACCCCACAACCCUCUUGGGCCAAAGUGUCCAUUCACCCACUCCUUGCACCGCCAUGCCUGCUUUUGCAUUCCACGCGUGCCCGCCAAGGCUCAGCCUGGGACUCUCACAAAAGCACGAGUGUUAGGGCUGUGACUUUCUUGGAGGUUUGUGACCAACGGUAGAGCCAUGAUUGAGUGGGCCAAGAGGCAUGAUGCAGUCCUGCAAAGCUCUGGCAGUGCGUGCCUGACAGUCUGCUUCUGCAACAGCUGGAUGUGCAGCUGAGUUCCCAACAUCAGGGCCCUUUAUCUCUCUACAGUACUAGUCUGUCUUCCAAGUCUCCCUCAUUCCACUAACUGGGAUUUUGAAGCACUCAUACUGAACCUAUUGAGAUGCCCUGUACCAAUGUCUCACUUGGAGGGACUGCCUAAUACUACUUAUGGCUUUUUAAUUUCUAGGCAGCUCUUUAUGGCAGUGAUACUCUGACAAAGACAUGGGCUCAAUCUGUAAUUGAUGUGUGGGUGUAAAGCCCCUACUUUAAAGGGACAACAUAAGGCUUGAGAAAGACAAAAUUAAUAUGACUUACAAUAGAUACAAAUUCAAAAUAUAAUUUUAUUCUUCAAAUUCUGUGAAAAUUUUCAUAAGUGCUUGGAAGUUUUCUAUUUUCCCCCAAUCCAUGGAUCAACAAAAAACUGAGAAGGGGGAGUAGCAGAAUUUACCAUGGGAAUGUUCAGAAGUCUUUUGCCUGAGAACUAGAAGGGAAGAUGGAAUGAGACAAUUAAGCCCUUUGUAUCUCCUCCAUGCUGAGGCACUGUACAUUUACCCUUUUAUACCAUGUGCACCCAACCCCCACUCUUCAUAUCGGCCUCUCCCUCUGAAGCUUCGCUGUCCGCUUCUGAUUUCAGAAGCCCUCUGUGUUAAUGGAAUUAGCAUGGCAACCCAAACCAGUGCUCUCUCUCUCUCUCUCUCUCUCACACACACACACACACACACACACAAAGUGUUUGGUCCCCCGGGCUUGCAGUGACAUCAUAGGCUUCAGCAACUUAGCCUCUCUGCUCCUUCUCUACUGAGCCGUCGCGAUCAAGUUCCCUGGAAGGUUGGAGGGGACCAGCUCACAGAGAACGCAUCUGUUCAGCUGAGGAAGCAAGGUGGGCAGAGAGGCUGCUGCAGAUAACCCAGUGAAGAGUGCUCUCAGAGGGAACAUCACUCACUGACUGCUGGAGCAGUUCCUGCUACGGCUGCUGUAAGGUAGCAGAACUGGAGCCAGAGGUGAUCCACAGCACAAAGUUCAGGGAGCGUAUCUCAGAUCCCACUUUUCUCUCCUGAUGUUCCUCUCACAGCCUUCGGCAGCGCUUCUAAGCUCCAUAAGAAUUUGUCUUGCACGGUACAGUAUCAGCUUUUUUUUAAAUUUCAUGUGGCCUAACAGUACCUACUUACCAUUAAUUUAGGUAAUCAUAUUUUGGGCAAACACUACAUUUCAUUGCUCAGAUAUUAAAGAUUGUCCAGUAAUUUCACUGAAUCUAAAACCUUAAGUGGUGUUUUUGCAUGAAGGUUGGGGGGUAAAAAAAAAACCCCCUAACAUUAAAUAUCAUGAAUAUCAGUCUUCAACAUGUAUCAAUUCACAAAGAUGUGAAUCACUGAAGAGUGAAAUAUGUGCAAUACAACAUUGUAAUUAUUAUUAUAGAGCAAUGACUACUCCUAAUGUUAAAUUGGAUCAAAUUUUUUGCCCCUGUGAAGUUUUGUUAUGGAACUUAAUGGUUAUGAAAAUAAUAACCUUUUCAGUGUUGUGUUUUGGCCGUACAAUGAACGUGGAAAAAAAUGUGUAAUGCAGACUGACUUUGUUAGUGGACACUGGUUGUACUCUGGAGAUAUGAGCUGCUUUUGAGUUGGUACACCAGCAAUAAAAUGUAACAUUUUUAAGCUGAUACUACUGUUUUACUAAGAUCUUUUGUGCUCUCAUACUGUGUAUGAUAUUUUUUUUUUUUUUUUUUGGGGAGACUAAUAUUUAUUUACAUCCACAGUAACCAGCAGGUGGGUUGUUU